AAUUUGCUGGGUGUGGCUUCCAGUAUGUAUUUCUUGCUUAACUCUAAUCUAGUCGUCAAUACGCACUUCUUGCAAACUUCACAAGGCCACUUGACUUUUGGAAUGCAGCGGUCAUUAGCAGCAAAUUCCAGACCUUCCCGGCCUUGUUUUUCUCACUAAGCUUGGCUCUUCUUCCAGCGUACCGCGCAAAUACUUAUUUUACUCUGACAGAGAAAUCAGGACCAGAUGACCAGACCGUCUCUAUCUUAGCUCCGAAAGGUCCGCGACACGUGAACGGGAUGACAAAGUCGCUGGGCGACUCCUCCACCGCCGGGAUUACAAGCCAUAGCUUAGAGUGGGGAAAGGCUCCGCCAGACCCGGAGCACAGGCGGGACUGUAAGCCCCGCCCACCAAGCCCCGCCCCGGCCAGAACGCCCCACCUCGGAAGGCAAUAGACCGGCGUGCUUUGCGCCGCUGGGUGCGGCGCGGGAGUCUCGCUUUCCAAGGCUUCUGCAGAGCCACCGCGGCCGCCAUCACACACCUGCCUGACAGAUGGAGAACUGAUUCCGUGAAGCCCCCAGGUGGUCUGGCUCUGGAGCCCAGACUCUAAGAACCGUGUAGCCCCAGAGGCUGCUCAGUCUGUAACCUGACAGAACAACCGGCUGACUUCUCUUAUUCUUGGCCACAUUAUCUGCAGAGGCAGUACUCAUGGCUGGUCCUCUGUGGAGGGCCGCAGCCUUUAUACAGAGACACAGGUCAGGCCUCUUGGUGGGUUCCUGUGUGGGCCUGUUUGGGGUUCAAAUCUCAUUUCACCUCUUCUCAGAUCCCAUAGUCCAAUGGCUCUACCAGUACUGGCCUCAGGGCCAGCCGGCUCCUCUUUCCCCUCAGCUCCAGAAGCUCUUCCAAGAGGUGCUACAGGACAUGGGUGUCCCCUCGGGUCACUGCUACAAGCCUUUCACUGCCUUCACUUUCCAGCCCGUGAGUGCUGGCUUCCCAAGAUUUCCUACUGGGGCCGUGGUGGGAAUCCCUGCCAUCUUUCUGGAUGGCUCUGUGACCGCCAUCGACCAUACUGUGAUCAUACAUGGGCAAAGAGUGGAUUGGCAAAGCCCAGCAGGCACCAGGCUGAGAGACGCCCUGACCCUGUCUCAUAAUGCUCAGAAGUUUGCCUUAGCCAAAGAGGUGGUAUACCUGGAGAGCAAUGCGGCUGCCCUGCAGAGCCUGCCAGCCCCGGCUUGCCUCGCAGGAACCUGGGUACUAAGUGUGGGUGUCAAGCAUGCCCUGGGGCUCUAUAGAGGACCCUUGAGCCUUCGAGCUGCCUUCAAUUUGGUGGCAAUAGUGGCAAGCUUCGUGACCUACACCUUUUCCAAGGACUCCCUCACUGUCGCCCUGGAAGGCUGGCUGGAUCGCCGCACAGCCUCUCUGUCUGCAGCCUAUGCCCAGGGUGGAGUGGAAUUCUAUGAGAAGAUCCUGUCAGGCAACCUGGCCCUCCGAAGUCUCCUGGGCAGACAAGGGGAGAAGCUGUACACACCAAGUGGAAACAUCGUUCCCAGACACUGGUUCCGCAUUAGACAUUUACCCUACACCACCCGCCGGGACUGUCUACUACAGAUGUGGAGGGGGGCACUCAACCCAGGGCGCUCCUGAGAAGCCAGGCAACAGGGCACCCCUGGUUCACAUAGGCACCACCCUGUGAUGAAUUCUGGGGGAGUCUCUUGAUAUGGUCGCUUCCACAGCCCAAGGUCAGAACAGUGACCAUCUUUGGAGUUAAAGAGCUCAAUUCUGCCCUCACCAUGAAUGAAUAUGGUAUCUGUGGGGUGAGUCCCUAAAUCAAUCUGAGUCGUGUUUACCUCAAAUGGGAAGUGGGAAGUGUUGGACUGCAUGAGAUUGUGAACCUGGGGGCCUGGUGGCAGAGAGAGAAGCAUAAGUGAAAUAAAUGGGGUGCUCAUCCUUCUCGAUCGUAAAUAAAUGGGGUGCUCAUCCUUCUUGCUCUCUGAAUUCCAGUGGGCUAUGGAAGACGCCCAUGCAUCCCUGCCAGACAUGCCCCUGGUCUAUCAUCUGUCUCCCACAGUGGAGAACCACCCCAGUCUACCUGACGUCAGAUAGUUUAACUUAUUCCUCGCGUUUAACCCUUGGACAGGAGACCCCCACAGGGCGGGAUGAGAGCUGUGGUCAGGGAGCCAGGCCUAAGUUGCCCAUUUAUGUUACCUUCUAGCUGGAAAUCGCAUCUUCCCUGGGGUAUUCCGGAAGGCUGUGGGCCUAGGAUCAGUAUAACUCUGGGAAAGGGAUUAGGCCACACUGAGGGAAGGGCACUGUGGCAGCUUGUGUUCCUUGUAGAACACCUAAAAGGAGGGUGAACCAGGCCAGACUGGAGUGACAGCGUGGGAUACCACUAGUUUCUGCCCAGUCUUUGUAUGUGAUUGAGGGUUCAGUGUGCUGCCAGCUGCAGGUCCUUCCCCUGGGCGUGACAGGCUGAGCUACCCAGGACAGGGACUUCACACAUCUUGCAGGUCCCUAGCACCUAGGAUGGCGUCCAACAUGGGCCUGAUAAAUGGAUGAUGUUUCCUUUUCUGUUGAUGUGGUAAAGACACUGAUCAAGAGCAACUCCAGCAGAGUUUACUUGGCUCACACUUCCAAGUCAUCCAUCUUUGAGGGAAUUCAGAGCAGGAACUCAAGGCAGGAGCCGUAGAAGAAGGCUCCCCUCCAUUAUCUUCAGGAAGAAUUUGUACCUGGCCUUGCACAGUGAUAUCUGGAGGGCACAAGUAACUAUGGCUUUGGUUUGUUUUAGGAUUUGAGAUGAGGUCUCAGUGUUUCCCAGGGUGGUCUCAAACUCAUGGGUUCAAGUGGUCUUGCCACCUCAGCCCCACUGAGUAGCUGGCACUGCAGGUGCCCCACCAGACCCAUGCAGAGAGUGGGGCUGCGCACCUGUGAUCGCAGCAUUUGGGAGGUCUGGGCAGGAGGAUUACUAGUUUGAGGCCAGGCUGUGCUAUAUAGUGAAACCCUGUCUUAGGAUAGCAAAACCCUGGGCAUGGUGGCUCCACCUGUGAUCCCCAGCCCUUAGCAGAUUGAAGCAGAGGGGCUAGCCUGGGUUACAUAGUGAUGAGUUCCAGACUGAGCUAGGCUGUGACCCUGUCUCAAAAGGCAAGACUAGUCUGUCUCCUCACCCCCCCGGCUUCCUGUUGUACCUUCCUCCAAGACACCUUCCAUGAGAGGUGAGCAGAAGCAGGUGAUGUUUUCCUGAAACUCCAGAAUGGUCAGCUAAA